AUGUCUGCGGUUUGCGAGAAAACGGACCCUCUGCAGGGCGUCUUUGGUGUGCACCACGGGACGAAGUUUGACGAUAUCGUCGAACUGUGGCAUGGCCAUCGGACGCCCAUUAUCUUUUGUGCACUGAUCGUACUGGUCGCGAUUCGGUUCUAUAUCCACAAUGUUGAGGACGCGGAACCACUCAAGAGCAUUCCAAAACAAUUUGAGACGAAAGUUAUCCCAGACGGCACGAGCAAGCAGUCUGACAUUGACGUUUCCGAAAAGACAACUGCCAAAUCGAACGGACCUAGACGAAUUAAGGGCGGCGUAACGAAGAAGCCAGCUACAGAAGAAAAAGACCAGUAUGACAAGAGCCGGCCCAUCAAGAUUAUGGUGUUCUUCUCAUCGGUUACGACCAAGACGGAAAAGAUUGCCCAGCAAUACCUGAGCAGCUUGGAACGGUCUGUUGAUCAGCUUUCUCGCGAGACGGAGCGCCAAUUUUUAAAACCCGAACUUCAUGACCUAGCGGACAUUGAUUUCGAGGACUUUUUCGUUAGCCCUGCCAAGACAGCCGACAACGCCUAUCUGUUCUACUUAUUCCUCAUACCCAGCUACAACAUUGACACAAUCAACGACACCUUGCUGCAGCACCUCGAAGAGACGCAUCAUGAUUUCAGAAUCGACACGGCGCCGUUAGCACCUCUUCUUGGAUACUCUGUUUUUGGAUUCGGAGACAGAGAAGGCUGGCCUGACGAGGCAGAAGGUUAUUGCUUCCAGGCCAAGGAGGUGGAUAAAUGGAUGUCCAAAUUGACAGGUCGCAAACGCGCGUACCCAGUCGGCAUGGGUGACAUGAAGAGUGAUCAUGCAGAUCGAUUCCAGGAAUGGACACUGGGAGUUCAGGAGGUCAUUGGCCAUGUUGCUCGAACCGGAACAUUGGGGGAAGGUGUUACCGGCAGUGGCGAUGCGAUGGAGAGUGACGCAGAGGACGUAGCGGAGGAAGACGAUGGUGAGGUCUUGUUCGAGGAUGAUGCAUCUAGCGAUGACAAGGAAUCCUCCCGACCCUUAGAUGAUGUGGAGGAUUUAGGACGCAUGAUUCGACCAUCUAACGGCGGCCGCACUGCUAAUGCUGCCAAUGGGAAGAAAGCACCACUUGCCGUUGAUUUCACAUCGUAUGGUUCAUCUACGAAGAAGCGAACACCAGUUGCUCCUGUUAUCAAAGAAAUGGUGGCCAAAAACUCACCUACAUAUGCAGCCCUGACCAAGCAAGGCUACACAAUCGUCGGCUCACACUCGGGCGUGAAAAUCUGUCGGUGGACAAAAUCUGCUCUCCGCGGCCGAGGAAGUUGCUACAAAUACUCGCUAUACGGCAUCAAUUCCCAUCAGUGCAUGGAGACGACUCCCUCUCUAUCUUGCUCCAACAAGUGCGUUUUCUGCUGGCGACACGGCACCAACCCCGUUGGCACUACAUGGCGAUGGGUGGUCGACCCCCCGGACAUGAUUUUCGCAGGCGUCAAAGAAGGCCACUAUAAAAAGAUCAAGAUGAUGCGUGGCGUCCCGGGUGUACGGGCAGAGCGAUACGCGGAAGCCCUCAAGAUCCGCCACUGCGCACUCUCACUAGUCGGAGAGCCCAUCUUCUACCCUCAUAUCAACGAAUUCCUCGCCAUGCUCCACGCGGAACGCAUCUCCUCCUUCCUCGUCUGCAACGCCCAGCACCCAGACCAGCUCGCUGCCCUCAAGGCCGUCACCCAGCUGUACGUCUCCAUCGACGCCUCUAACAAAGACUCCCUCCGCAAAAUCGACAGGCCCCUCCACCGAGACUUCUGGGAACGUUUCCAGCGCUGCCUCGACAUUCUCCGCGAGAAGCGCUUCCGCCACCGCACCGUCUUCCGCCUCACCCUCGUCAAGGGCUUCAACGUAGAAGACGAGGCAGAAGGGUAUGCGCAGCUCGUGGAGCGCGGACUCCCCUGCUUCGUGGAAGUCAAGGGCGUCACCUACUGCGGUACGUCGACUUCCUCCAACGCAGGUCUGAGCAUGUCCAACGUCCCUUUUUACUGGGAAGUGUGCGAGUUUGUGAGAGCUCUGGAGAGGAAGCUCAAGGAUAAGGGAUUGCCGUAUGGUAUUGCGGCGGAACAUGCGCACAGUUGUUGUAUCCUGCUGGCUAGUGAGCGAUUCCUCGUCGAUGGCAAGUGGCAUACGCAUAUUGAUUAUAAGCGCUUCUUUGAACUGCUUGAGGAGAGAGGCCCGGAUGGCGAGUGGACGCCGGAGGAUUAUAUGGGUGAACCAACGCCUGAGUGGGCUUUGUGGGGGAAUGGAGGAUUUGAUCCGAGGGAUGAUCGUGUGGAUAGGAAGGGGAGGAAGAUUGAGAAUGUUGUUGUUCGAGAGGCGCCACCGCCGGAGAGUUGGUAG